AUGGAACUGCAACCUUCUUCCUACGAAGCAGACAACACGUGCCGAAGCCGCGCCUUGGACGGCUCGCCUUCGGCGUCGGCGCAUCACCAUAUGUCGCGGCUGCUCCGCGAUUCGCAGGGCAAAUACAUGUUCAUCGGCGACUCCGCCAAUCUGUCCUUCUUGCAGAGCAUUCGGAAAGUGGUCGAGGACGCGAUAGGUCAUUGCGCUUUCGCAACUGACCCGUUGCGAUACCAGAUGCUUGAGGCCGCGCCAGAUGGACGACCGAACUGGCUAUACACAGCGUGCAAGGGCACCCCACCGACCCCGACCCCGGUGGAGGCAGAGUCCCUCGUGCGGUCCUACUUCCUGGCCAACAACUGCGUCCUCGACCUCUUCGACGAGGCGGAUCUAUUCAACAAUCUGCAGCCUUGGCUCGAAAGGAGACCCGUCGAGACCGACGCCCUGACCCCGAUAUACUAUCUCGUCUUCGCUUUGGGCGCGCAGACCUGUCCGGACGACAAAGAUCAGCUCGCCGAAACGUAUUUCAGCUACGGCCGCUUCUUUACCGCCGUCAGCUUUGCUGAAGACCCCAGCAUCUCUACGGUCCAAGCGUACGCCAUGAUUACCAUGUACCUCCUCGGAGCCUCUCGGAGGAACGCGGCAUUUAUGAAUCUGGGAACGGCUGUGCGAGCCGCAUACGCGCUUGGGCUCCACCGCAAGGAGAUCGCAGCUCUCUUCACCCCCGGCGAGUUCAGGACCCGCGAGAGGCUGUGGAAGGUGAUCCGCAUCCUGGAUGUUUUCAUGAGUGCCUCCCUCGGGCGACCCCCGUCCACGGCAGAGACGCGCGAGACGCGAUCCGAAGACCACUAUUCGGCAUCGGUCGAUCUCUGCACCGUGUUCGAGACGAUCAUGAACGAAGUCUACUCCAAGCGCAUGAUAUCCAACACGGCGCUGGAGAAGAUAAGCGGGCAUCAAAGGCACUGGGCGGCCAACUUCCACAAGGGCCUGGACGAAGACGGCAUCAAGCCGACGCCGGCUAUCAACGGCGGCAAGUCUCCCAACAUCGGGCUCAUGCAUGUCAAGGGAGCAUAUUACUGGACCAUCAUACUGCUUACACGUCCAUUUUUGGUCGAUGCGGUCUCGUCCUGUAUCGCCACCGCGAACGUGCCGCCGAAUGAAGCGACCUCUGCCGGCGUGACAUCUUACUCGGACAAAGUUCUUGUGCACGCCUGUGUGGAUUCGGCGAUCCGCACCAUCGAGCUCCUGCGGAUCCUGCUUGAUUUCGACAACGUGCCGAAGCGGCUCCCCUUCCUGGUCAACUACAUCUUUGUCGCCGCCCUUGUCCUCGGUUUGGCUCACUUCGGCGACGUUGCCAAGAUCUUCCCGGUGGGCGUCCACCUGAAACUGGCACAUCGGCUGCUCGCCAUGUUCCCCAACGACGCCAUCUCCAGCAGGAACACCACAAUCGUCGAAUAUCUGCUGCAUGCUUGCGACACCGUGGCGGAGAGGCGCACCAAAUGGGACCGGGACCGUUGUGCCGUGCUGGUCCGAGGUAUGUUCGGCAAGAUCCACGAUGACCCUGCUCCGAGCGUGGGAUGGUGCUCGGCCUCUUCCACCACGCACAUGUCGACGACGACAACGACGGCGGCGGCGGCGCAUGGCUCGACAGGGCCAUGUCCACAGAUGGAUGAAGGACUUCGGCUGCCCCUCGAGGAGGGCGCCCAAUACGACAGCACGGCGCCAUGCAACCUCAUGUCCCAAACCAAGGAUUCUAGCGGCGGAGCUGCCGCUGGGUGCGCAAAAGCAAGAGACAAGGGAUUGGUCGGAUCUUUCGCGCCGAUGGAGGAAGCAAGCAUGACGCAGGAAGACUUUGAGAAGGUCCUGCAAGCCAUGUCCCCCACGACGCUGUGGUUCGAGUCCUACGAUGACAAUUUUCCGCUCUUUUCAACGACGGACGCUCCCAGUACCUAAUUCUUUGUUUGGAACGACCCCUCGGAUUUUUUUUUGAUACCCAUCAUGUGUAGCCGGGAGAGGAAGGCGGUGGGGAUUGUACCACAAGUUGCUCAACUCGUUAGAGAAGCGGGAAAAAAAGGGGAGGGGCAGCCGAGUAGCAGGCUCUCUACA